AUGUCAUGCGUCAUUGCUCAAGCAGGUCCUACCUACACUCAGGUUCCUUCUUGUAACUUUGCCUUCGCGCCAGCUCUUGCCCUUGCUUUAAGACAUUACCCAAAACCUAAUUCUUGGCAAAUAUUUAUUCUCUUAUUUUACACAGCUUCCUCUUUGGUUCAGCCUCAACGUUUGUCAUAUCACCUCCUUGUAAAGCAACGUAGAACAUCUUACCAUAUAAGGUGCUUUACAAAUGCAGCUUAUCGCUCUCCACUGAAGAAAUCUGAUCAAGGUUUAAAAAUCAAGAAAAUGAAUACAACACUUGACACAACCUCAAAUCAUACCUUCUGCCCAAGAGACAGCAAGAUUGCAGAAGUGGUUUACCCAAUUCUCUACUCGAUCAUUUUCAUCAUCAGCUUCACACUAAACAGUCUGGCGAUCUGGAUAUUCUUCAAGAUCAAGAAAACACGGAGUUUUGAUUUCUAUCUUAAAAACCUGGCUGUAUCCGACCUGUUAAUGACGCUCACGUAUCCAUUUAAGGUACUCAGCAAGUCAGACCUGGCACCCUGGCAACUAACCUGGUUUGUGUGCCGCUACUCAGAGGUGAUUUUCCAUCUCAGCAUGUAUGCCAGUAUAUUGUUCCUUAGUCUGAUCAGUCUGGAUAGAUGCCUGAAAAUUGUGAAACCGUUCAGAAACUCCAAAGUGCAUGACAUUAACCACGCAAGGGUGUUUUCUGCAGGAGUGUGGCUACUUGUACUAGCUUUGGGGGUUCCAAACAGCAUUCUAACCAACAAAAAGGCCACCGCAGUAAACGUGAAACACUGCACCUCGCUCAAGAGCUCUUUUGGGAAGCACUGGCAUGAGGCAGUGAUCUACAUCUGCACAGGAAUAUUCUUCAUCGGCUUCCUCAUCCUGGUCGUUUGUUACAUCUUCAUCAUGAAGGAAAUCCUUAAGUCAAAGAAAACAUUCAACACGGCCACCAACAAAAACUGCAAGACGAACCAAAACAUAGCCUGGGUUGUUGCUGUCUUUUUCAUUUGCUUUGUGCCUUAUCACCUGUGGAGACUGUCAUUCACUGUCGGUCAGAUUCACGGAAACUUCAGCUGCACUGUCAAAAGUGUCAGGUUUCACGGGAGAGAGUUCACGCUAUUCCUGGCAGCUUGCAACGGAUGCCUCGACCCCAUCAUUUACUUCUUCAUGUCCAAGUCAUUCCACGAGUUGCUGCUCCACAAGAUCUAUGUUAAAACUGAAAUUCCAGGCACGCAGCUGUGCGGCAAUUAUAAGAGGCCUCAGGGUCAUGUCAGCUGUGACAGCACUGUGUAA